CCCCAAUUGCCCCCCAAAAGACGCGUACUACCGUAGGUAUUACGUAGCCACAAACGCUCGCCACCUUUGCCACGGGAGGCAGCCUUCCAUUUGUUUUCUGAUAUUUAAUCGUUUUCUAACGGACAUUUCCUCAAUCGAACUCGACUAUCACUUCCUAUCUUCAUCAUCAAAUCAGAACAUUGCCUGUUCCUCAACUCUAUAAGCCGCUGCGACCCGAUCAGGAACUAGUCUGAAUCACCCCACCCGGCCAAACCACCACCAACCACAACCACAGCCAAUCCUUCCAACCUCUCGACACUUUGAGACAAUCAGUCAAGAACAACAACUCAUUCAAAACCUCAAACCCUCAAACCCUCAAACCCACCAAACACCGUCACCCUGUUCUCCCUACUAUCCAACCCCAAACACACCACCAAAAUGUCUCCUCCCGACACCGUCACCUCCAGCAUCCUCAACGCCUCCAAGCACGCUCAGGACAAGAAGGAGCACGUGCAUGAGUCUUCCUCCCACCAAAAGCCCACCGGCGCCGGAGUGAACACCGGAGCAGGCAGCAGCAGGCCCAAGACCGAGGCUGAAUUGGAGGCUGAUCGGCUUUAUGAGGAGAGGAUGGAGGAGGACUACAAGGACAGCCUGCUUCGCCGAGAGCGGCGCAACUGGUUCUCAGCUCCUCCCAACACCAGUGCCUUCACUCAACAAGAACCAGAUGAUGACUCCAUUCUCGAGGAGAAACCCACACAUAUUCCUGAUAAACGACGAAGAAGUACCAACGCCUCUAGCGUCACGACAGCCGUUACAGAUCUCGAAUCUCAGCUACCACCCGAAGAGGAACUUAAACCACCACCCUCGAAUUCAGCUUCUCCAGAGAAAAAUAAGAAAAGAGAAAGGAGGCUGAGCUUCCAAAUCACUCCCCGACUCAUCUCCGAUGCCACAAUUGGCUUGUCUGACGGCUUGACCGUCCCUUUCGCUUUGACAGCAGGUCUCUCGGCGCUAGGAGAUACGCGAGUGGUCAUCUUUGGGGGUCUGGCGGAGUUGAUAGCUGGUGCUAUCUCGAUGGGAUUGGGAGGAUAUCUCGGGGCGAAGAGUGAGGCAGCUUCCUAUAACGAAACACUGGCCAAAACACAGGCGCUUGUGGACUCUUAUUAUUCCAACCUUUCCGAAGAAACCACAGUAGCCAUAGCAGCUUCCAGCAACUCCUGCCGUGGCCGCGCCUCCAUCUCUGACCCCGUCAUUCCCGAGGAUCAAGACAAAUGCAACCUCCAUGUCCAAUCAACAACAGCUCAAGAACACCCUCUCAACCAGCUCCUCUCCCAAAUCUUUAUUCCCUUUUCCCCAACUAUCCCUCAGGAAACCCUCGAUUCCUUAACCGACCACCUCCUCGACUCUGCGAACACCUCUACCAGAUCCUCCCAUCGAUCUCCAACCCCCUCUCCAUCGCCAUCCACAACCUCAAUCCCACCACCAAUCCCACCACCAACAUCAAACCAACCCCUUCUAGUCCCCUUCCUAAUGCGCUUCCACCACUGCCUCCCCCCACCCUCCUCCUCUCGCCCCUUAAUCUCCGCCCUAACCAUCGCAACCUCCUACUUCCUCGGCGGUCUCUUGCCCCUGAUACCGUAUUUCUUUGUCCACUUUCAUUCACAAAACUUCUCUUACAACCUAAACCAAUACCCGAAACCAGAACUACAAGGCCAACGACAAGGAGGACAAGGACAACAAGGAGGAAGAGGACAAGAAAGUCUACAAACAGCCCUCUACAAUUCCAUCGCCACCAUGUCCCUAGCCUUGUUCGGGUUCGGGUACGUCAAGACUUGCAUCGUUUUGAAGCAGUGGAGCGGACGGAGGGUGGUGCGGAAGGGAGUGAGGGCGGGAGUGCAGAUGGUGGUGGUGGGCGGGAUUGCGGCGGGGGCGGCGAUGGGGUUGGUUAAGGGGUUUGAUGGGUUACUUGUUGGUGGUGGUGGUGGUGGUGAGUAGAAGAAGGGUAUGUAGGCAGUAAGGGGAGUGAGUGAUGGUGGUUGUGGUUGUGGUUGUGGCUGCGGUGAUGAUGGGGGAUUGGGAGUUGGUGAGGGAGUGUCUUGAGGGAGAUAGUCUGCAGAAAGAAUGGAGUUGAUGUGAGUUCGAGAGGGGGAGGGUGGGUGGGAGGGAGGUGACGAGCGGAUGAGUGGUGUCUAAGUGACGACCAGAGAAAACGUAGAAUUUUGAAGAGAGGCAGGCCACAGCACGGGACCACGACAAGAUGAAC